GCAAACGCGAUGGCUGUGUCCCUACACCGUCUCUUCUCCUACGUCUUGGGGGCGCUCGUCGUCACUGCAGCCGCUCAUAAGUCCGCACCCUCCGUGACGUCGACCGCUGCGAGCAGCACCCUCACAGGCAUCGCCGCAACUGCUCCUACCAUCGGUCCCUCCCACCAAGUGGGCAGGUUGCCUGCUCUUGGCUGGAACUCCUGGAAUGCGUACUCAUGCAAUAUCAACGAAACCAAGAUCCUCGACGCUGCGGACCUGUUCAUCUCCCUGGGCCUGGCCGACGCAGGCUAUGAGUAUGUGAACAUCGACGACUGUUGGCCGCUUGAGACCCGCGACGCGUCUACGGGCCGGAUCGUGCCCGAUCCGAGCAAGUUCCCGAGCGGCAUCAGCGGCGUCGCUGACCAGGUGCACGCCCUCGGCCUGAAGCUCGGGAUAUACAGCGAUGCUGGCACGAACACCUGUGCGGGGUUCCCUGGCUCUCUCGGAAACGAAACGGUGGACGCGGAGGCGUUCGCCGAAUGGGGCGUCGAUUACCUCAAAUAUGACAAUUGCAACGUCCCUAGUAACUGGACGGAUGCUGCCACCCCGCCUGACAACGACUGGUACAACUCGAACUCUGCUAUCCGCUACCGUCAAAUGACAGCGGCGCUGAACCAGACCGGGAAGCCUGUCCACUUCAGCCUCUGCAUCUGGGGCGACGCUAACGUGUGGGAGUGGGGCGAUCGCGUCGGCCACUCGUGGCGCAUGACCGGCGACGUUAGCGCAUCUUGGAGUUCCAUCUCGAGCAUCAUCGCGGCAAACGCUCAACAUCUCGAUUCAGUCGACUUCUUUUCCCAUAAUGACAUGGAUAUGAUGGAGAUCGGGAACGGCGACUUGACCUUAGAGGAGCAGCGAACCCAUUUCGCCGCAUGGGCAUUCUUGAAGAGCCCCAUCCUCCUUGGGACCGAUCUCAACAAUCUCAACUCGACUCAGCUGGAUAUAAUCAAAAACGCUCAAUUGCUCGCGUUCCACCAGGACCCCAUUGUUGGAACCCCGGCUACACCAUUCAACGCGACAGCAUCUGCUCCCAGCACUUCGCCUCCCGAGUUCUACGCUGGGAAGUCCUCGAAGGGAACACACGUCUUCAUCAUCAACACUAACACUACGGCCACGAAGACGUUCGAAUUCGGAAACGUUCCAGGCCUCGGGUUCGGUCGAUUCAGGGUGCAGGACAUGUGGACGGGCAAAAACCUAGGAACCUUCGCAAACAAAUUCUCGAUCACUGUGGACACUCACGAUACUGCUGCACUCUUGAUCCACCGUGCAUAGCGUCUGACCAUGUAGUAUGGAAUGCCUAAGGAUAUAUUGAAUCACCCGAAUUCCA